AUCAAAAAAUAGUUUUGGACGUCCUUUUCAUUACGGUAGCACUUGUGAACCAGCGUGCAUGCUUUCUCUCUCCCUCUUUUCUCCCAGGAUAAGAUCUCAUCAUCUGAGGAAAUAUCAAAUACGUACCGACCCCACUUCUGAUAAACAAACACUGAUCUUCUCAAUCCCAAAUCCCCAAUUUACAAAACCAAAACUAAAAUUAAGAGAAACCCAUUGUUCUUUCUCAAAUUUGACAACUUGGGUUGGCCUUAAUUUCCGUUCAACAAUUUUUUUUCUCUUUUUUUUUGAAGUAGAAGGAAGGGAAUAAAUCUUCCACUUGUAGCAAGCUUCUAGCUUUAUUUCUCUGCUGCUACUGCUUGUUCUUUAUGCUCAGAGGGUUUACAUCUACAUGGGCUAUCUUCAUUCAUCUGCUCAACUGAGGCAGUGAGGUGGAAGGAGGAUUUGGCUGUGGAAAAUUGAAACGUUGAUGAUCAUGGGAAAUUUGUAUGAGGCAUCAAAUGGCCACGUGGUUGUGAGACAAUCCAAGGUCUCACUGCCCUGGCUUGAUGUAAGAGUCUUUUAUAUCAGAAUUAGCAAAUGUGAGAUUGAUGAUUCCGCUCCGGAGUUCCUCACAGUAAAUCACAUUCCAUUGGAUCCUGAUACCCUUCUUGAAGUCAAUGGUGUUAGAACUAGCAUCUAUUCAGAUGGGGCGACAACCCUUCUUCGAAGGGAUAGGUUAGAUAAGAAGUCCGAAGAAGCGACAUUUGUGAGCACUGACAGUAUAAGGAUGACUGGAAGGGUGAAGUUUGAGGUUUUUGACAAAGAUGUUGUGGUCUUAUCUGGCGUUCUAGAACUGUGUAAUAGUAAUGGUUUCGUUGCGGAAACAGAUCAUCAUGGUCAGAGAUGGAGCAUGAGUUGUGAAUCAGAUAUAGUUGCAGGCACUGGCUUCUUUAAAGGAAGGCAAUUUAUGGGGCCAGAGUCUGCUUCACCUUCGAUUGAGGUAUACAUUGCCGGGUCCUUCUCGGGCACUCCAAUAAUUUUAACAAAGACUUUACAGCUCGGUCUUUGGAAGAAGCAUGUGAGGAAAGGGUUGCUGGAUUCCAUACCAGAGUAUGAGGCAACUGAAGACCAGAAAAACAAUCCUCCUAGGUUCGCUUUUCAGCGGAUUCUUCGAACUCAAAAUUUGCUGAUCAAUCAAUAAUCUAACAAAGGGAACGGCUACUAUGUUAGGUGAUAAGACAAUGCUAAUCUAGUACCUCAAAGUACACUGAAAUUCUCUCUUUCGAGGUCAUAUUGCGUAUCGUGCAUACCUGCAGUACUGAAUUCAUUGGUUCUUUUUGAAACCCUUCUGUGCAGCACGGUGGUUAGUUUCUACUAAAAGAAAUUCAUUCCGUCUCUGUUAAGGAUCUUUGUAACGUGCUCUCGUUUUAAGGCCUCCUUUGGUGUCUAGGAUUCAACUGGAAUGGAUUACUAACCAGAUUUAGCGUAUGUUAAAGUCAGAAAUGGAUUCCAACUUAGAAAUGUUGUCUGCGUUGAAGGUAAAAGAUGGAUUAGUUAUACAUAGAAUAGAAUGCAUCUAUUUUCUCAUUCAGCAUACAUUGAAUGUGCGAUCCAAUCGUUGGCACCAAACGAGCCUUGAGGGUUUUUGAUGACGGUCUAAUUCUGUCUGAAUCUUUUCUUAGACUGUUGUUAACGAGAUAGUAGCAUUUUAUAGAACCUUUCUUCUCUUCAAUUACUAGGUACUCUGGUUAUUUAGUUCUAGCUGUCAAUCUGGUUGGUUAUUCAUUUUC